UGUGUGAUAUGGGCCUACAGGAAAACAGCCCAGAGAGAUAAACAGAACACCCUAGAAAAAUUCCCCACUCCUCCUCUCCUCGUCUCGUCUCUCUACCUCCAUGGCCGCCGCCUCCACCCCAGCCGCACUCCUCCAUCUUCCUGGCCAGAUCCGCCGCCCUCCUCCACAAAUAACUUGUUCUAGCGCCGCCCGCCUCCGACCUCCACUACCGCCCAUUCUCAUCUCGUCCACAUGCGUCCGCCACUCCCAUCCGUCUCCCGUAUCCCGUCCUGACAUCCUCUACUGCCGUUCUGCCUUCACUAGCAUCCGCCGCCGCAUCCCACCUCCCUCGGCUCACACCCACCACCGCACUCAAAUAGGGUCGUCCGGUACGCGUUGCCGGCGCCUCGUGCUUCCUACUGCAGAUCUGGGGAGUCUCUGGUCGCAAAUCCAGCAUGCCGCCGCCUCCUCUUCCGAUGUGACAGCGGCAGUCUCCUCCUCCUCCUUUUCUCCAAGACCGUGGAACUCUCUGAGAAUUAAGAAACUCUCUUGGUUCCUCGGAACUCUGCACCUCUUCUCUACCGUACAGCUUCUCCAUAGUGAAGAAAAGAAAGGUGCAUGCUUUCUGAACUGAUUUCUCGCAUACAAAUGUCAGUGCUAGUGUUUAUAUUGGCUUGAUAGUGUAUUGUAUUUGACCCAGGCUUACGCUACAACAUGUAGCUUGGUCACUUGCUUUUUCUGUGUUCUUUCUCCUAUUGCAUCAAUGAAUAGCAGUCAUUUUUUCUCAGUUCACUGGUGAUGAGGUCUGGAUGUUUUCUCAAUGUUGGGAUGAACGCCUCACUUCACUACACCAGAUUACACUGCAAGGCUGCUGGUAACUCAAUUGGUAAUGGAAUAUACUUUGGACCUGAGAAGGCCACCAUAAUAAACACAUAUGCUGUGAUGAAAUCUGGUAUGAAAAACCUCGACGAAAGUGGCAAUAAUGGUGCAAUCAGUAGCCAGAAAGCACAAAAGCGCCUUGUCACUAGUAGAAAACCGAGCAAUAGCACCGGUUCUCAUUAUUUCGGCACUAAAGCCCCCCCCCCCCCCCCCCCCCUAGUACCGGUUCGUGCCACGAACCGGUACUAAAGGUUCAACAUGAACCGGCAUUAAUGCAAAUCCGUUCGAACCGGCACUAAUGGUACCAUUAGUACCGGCUCAAAUACAAACCGGCACUAAUGUGCUUCACGUUUGACCCUUUUUCUACUAGUGGGUAAACACGGAUUCAUCUCAUGUUAGUUCAGAGGAUGGCCCUAUCGACCAUGAUGUUGACCAUUGCAACAAUGAAAGCGGCAAUGAUGAGGAGAACAUUGGUGGUAACAAUAACAAUUGUGGCUUCAAUCCUGAUGGUGUCUCCCGAGAAGGAUCUCACUAGUCACUUGCAUGGCAAUUGAUGAAUAAUGGUCUUUAUGGUAUUUUGGAUAUGUGUGUAGUAGUACCAUAUGCUCUGGGCCAAACUUAGCAGCUUAUCCUUUUGUUGCAUUCACUUUUCCAAAGUGAUGUCCCAGAUCAUUAACCUAGGAGGCUUUCUAUCCAUGUAGUUUGAUAUCACUGCAGUGUUUUGUGCACUGAUGGAUAUGAUAAUUAGAGUGGUGGUAGCCAGUAUGUAUGUAGCACUGUUGUAUGGAACUCUUGGUCAAGUCUAUAUAUGGACUCAACUUUAUGUGACGUCUAUAGAUUGUUUUUUUA